CAAUCUACAAAAGGUAUCCCAUGCUCACGUGACAUGUUAUAUUUACAAAACGAAAGUAGCUGACGGGGAAAGAUUUUGACAACUCGUCUACUGCGCUGUGACGAGCUGGCGAGGCGACCACACUGACCAGGUGAGAGGUCAGCCAUGAAGGUCGAACUGGUGACGGGCAGCAUCGCUGACCAGCAGGUUGAUGUCCUGGUGAACACCACAACGAAGGACUUGGACCUGUCGUCGGGGCCGGUGACGAAGGCGAUCCUGAGUGGGGCCGGGCAGGGCAUCCAGCAGCAGUGUCGGGAUAACUGCCCCGGUGGGAUAGACUUUGGGGAGAUAUGUGAGACAGAUGGCGGAAGUCUCACCUGCAAGCAGAUCUACCACUCCUCUCUGCCUGUCUGGAGUGAUGAUGCUGAACAGGUGCUGCAGAGUUUCCUAGAGACGUGCCUCAAGGAAGCGGACGACUGUGAAUAUAACAGUAUAGCUUUCCCUGCCGUCGGCACCGGGGUGUUAAAGUAUCCUCCAGAGACUGUCGCCAGGGUAUUCUUAAGGACAAUUGUUGACUUUGUCAGUGACACAAUCAAUAUUAGCCUGACUGUAGUCAGAAUUGUCAUUUACCCCUCAGACAGUGCAGUCAUACAGGCAUUCAAAGCUGUGAAGACAGACUUCGCUCAGGAACUUGACAUCUCAAGUUCUCUAGACAAAGUACAAUGUGUGCCUCGACUUAAACCUCAACCUCAAGGUCAACCUCAGGCAUCUAAUGUUGUGGUUGUCGCCUCUCUACUGACUGGAGACAUAACAAAACAAACGACUGAUGUGAUCAUUAACACAACCAACCCAGCUCUGAAACUGGCACAUGGGGGGUUGUCGAAGAUCCUGCUUGAGGCAGCUGGGGAUGACCUUCAAGAUGAAUGUAACACAAAGUAUCCCUCAGGGGUCAAGGUCGGUGAAGUGGCAGUGACAGGGGGAGGUAAUUUGUCCUGCAAACAGGUGUACCAUAUCACCCUGACCGAUUGCUGGCGCAGUGAUCAGCCAGGUACUGAAAAGCUGCUGAAGGCCACGAUGUUGAAGUGCCUGAAGACGGCAGACGAUGCCGGAUUGACCAGUCUCAGUUUCCCGGCCCUAGGCACUGGGAAGCUGAAGUACGACCCCUCGAGAGUGGCCCAGCUGAUGUACGACGUCUGCCUCAGCUUCAGAUCCAGGGGCCUCUCCAAGGUCAUGUUGGUGGUGCAUGCAGGCUCCCCUGACGUCAAGCAGGCAUUUGAUAAUGAGUUGGCAAAAAGGAAGAAAGCCAAGUCAGCCGGAUCCCCCAAAUCGCACCCCUCGCUUGCCAUGACAAUAGGGCAAGUAUCAUCUGUGAAGAUCACCCUUGUCAAGGGCAGCAUUGUUGAUCAGAAGGUAGACGUGGUUGUUAACUCAUGCACCCCGAACUUGAACCUGUCUAGCGGCCCGUUGACGAGAGCAGUCCUGGCAGCCGCAGGGGAGACAAUCCAGGGUGAGUGCAAGCAGACGUACCCCAAUGGAAUCAAGCCAGAAGAAGUCGCUGUGACGAGUGGAGGCAAGAUGAGCUGCAAGCAGAUCUUCCACAUAACGCUGAAUGAUUGGAAACCUGAUGAUGCAGAGCUGGAGAAGGCAUUCAAGAAUGUGAUCCACUUGUGUCUGAAGACAGCAUGUCAGGGAAUCCAUUCAAGCAUCGCCAUCCCGAUCCUUGGCUCUGGAGUUCUGAAAUAUCCACCUCAGUAUGUCACAAAGUGGGUGUUUGAGACUAUACGUAACUUUGGUGCCCGGAAUCCUGCGUGUUCAUUGGCUGAGGCCAGGAUUGUUGUUCGUCCAGAAGAUUCGAAAAAUAUACAGGCCCUGGAGAGUGCCGGCGCCGGUGGUGCGCAACCUGUCAGUGCCACUCCCUCUAUUGCAGAAAACCUGCUGUGUCCCCCCGAGUGGACUCCCAUGGCCCAUGACACCUACUUCGAAGUGAUCCCGGUCACGCCAGGAACCCAGGAAUACCAGGAUGUGGCGACUCACUUCGGUCAGUCGAUGGGAUCACAUACCAUCGUGUCUAUUGAGCGGGUCCAGAACCGGACACUCUACAUCCAAUACAUGGCCAUGAAGCAGAGGCUGGAGGUGGAUAGGCCUGGUCUUCAGAAUGAGCGGAUGUUGUGGCACGGCACCAGUGAGGAUGUCACCAUCAACAUCAACAUGAGGGGAUUCAACCGCAACUUCUGCAACAAGAAUGUGAUGUACGGUGAGGGUGUCUACUUCGCACUCAACUCCAAGUAUUCCGCCCAAGACCAGUACUCCAAGAAAGACCAGCAGGGUCACAAGCGGAUGUACCAGGCCCAGGUGCUCACUGGGGAGUUCACCGCGGGGACCAAGGGCAUGAGGCACCCUCCCCCCAAAGACCCUAGCACCCCCCAUGAUGCCUUCGACUGCCUCGUCAACCGUGUCAGCAAUCCAGAAAUAUUUGUGAUAUUCCAUGAUGCACAAGCAUAUCCAGCAUAUCUGGUCACGUUUACUGACUGAUGUUAUCCCGUUUACUGACUGAGGUUAUCCUGUUUACUGACUGAGGUUAUCCCAUUUACUGACUGAGGUUAUCCCGUUUACUGACUGAUGUUAUCCCAUGUACUGACUGAGGUUAUCCCGUUUACUGACUGAGGUUAUCCUGUUUACUGACUGAGGUUAUCCCAUUUACUGACUGAGGUUAUCCUGUUUACUGACUGAGCUUAUCCCAUUUACUGACUGAUGUUAUCCCGUUUACUGACUGAGGUUAUCCCAUUUACUGACUGAUGUUAUCCCGUUUACUGACUAACGUUAUCCCAUUUACUGACUGAGGUUAUCCAAUCUACUGACUGAGGUUAUCCCAUUUACUGACUGAUGUUAUCCCGUUUACUGACAAACGUUAUCCCAUUUACUGACUGAUGUUAUCCGUUUACUGACAAACGUUAUCCCAUUUACUGACUGAUGUUAUCCGUUUACUGACAAACGUUAUCCCAUUUACUGACUGAUGUUAUCCGUUUACCGACCGAGGUGAUUUGUGGGUCUCCCCUGGAGUUCUGAAAUGUACAACAAGUCGGUGUGGCUCAGGUGGGCUUAUUCUCAAGCAGACAGAGUCUGUCUGCUUGAGAAUAAGCCCACCUGAGCCAGGUCAAUUUCAUAUAUGUGACCAUGAAGUAAAGCAAAUCUAAGAAUAAUGUUGAUAUUUCAGUUGUUCAUUAACUGCAACUGGAUACUUAUAAUCAGGUAGGAAUUUUAAUUUUAAUCUCUUUAAUAUUUGAAAAACGAGUAAUUCAUGGAAAUCGUCUGUAUGAUGCAACAUAUAUAAUUUGUCAAGAUUAAGAAAUUUCCAGAUAAACAGAAUCAUGUCUGCUUUUGGAGUAAUCUCCAUUUUGUUGUAAUAACAUGAAGUCUCAGAUUAUCUUUAAUGAGUAAACAUUAAAAUGCAAUUAAAGGUAUGUAUUCAGAACACUUGAGGUAAACAAUAUCUCUGAUAUUUAUUUUGAUUAUUUGGAAUCCAUUUAGAAGGGACUGGGUGCAUUCAGUGUAGAUCCUGGACUAAAUUGUCUGGAUUAAUUAAUAUCAGAUCUUUUACUCCAAUACAAUACCCUUCUGCCUGCAGAAAUUUGUAGGACACCACCUCGCGUCUGGUGAACUUUCUAAUCAGCCAAUCAGCAUUGAGACCUCUAAAUUCUCGGUAUGAGCACCAAGUGUUCAGACCAACUUAUCAGGUUUCUGUAUCUCAAAAACUAACUACAACGACCAGUUCUGAAUGUAAAUAAUUAAGCCCCCAGUUGUUUCUGAGUGCCAUGUAUCUUGACAAAAAAACGACCAGGUCCAAAUGAAAAUACUUAAGGUCAUGCUAUUACAUUGUUGUGAAUAUUAUACACCCACUUGUUCAUGAGUGCCAUGACAUGUAUCUUGAAAAACAAAACCGACCAGGUCCAAAUGGAAAUAAUUAAGGUCAUGCCAUUACAAUGUUGUGAAUAUUAUUCACCCAGUUGUCCCUGAGUGCCAUGGCAUCUUCAACAAAUGGAAGCUCCUUCGAUAGAAUGUUUGUGGUCUGUGUGUUUGUCAUUUAACAAAAAGAAAUAAAGCUGAGUCAUUUUAGAAAGCUGACAUCUGAUUGGCUCAAGAACUCACACAGCCUUCAUUCAGACAGCUGGGUGGUCAAAGGUCACUCAGGGUUCACCAGGCGUGACCUUCUAUGGAGGUGUCCUCAGGUCUCAACACAGAGAGGUAUCAGAUCAGACUAAACAAUCUGAUUUAAUGAGAUUGGGAUACUGUUUACCAAACUGAUAGAAGGAUUUGGCAGCUUUCAUCAAUAUUUCACUUUUUGGCAAUCCUUAUGAGUACCUAUGUUGUAAAGUAACUUGUUUGUUUGUUUUUUGUUUAAUGCCGCACUCAGCAAUAUUCCACCUAUAUGGCAGCGGUCUGUAAAUAGAGUCUUGACUGACAAUCCAGUGAUUGACAUCAUGAGCAUUGAUCCAUGCAAUUAGGAUAAGCUGGCAUGACAUGCAUCAACCAAGUCAGCGAGCCUGACCACCGAUUCCGUUAGGUGCCUUGUGCCAUAAGUCUGGUCCCCUUUUACUUGAAGCAUGAGUUGCUGAAGAUCUAUUCUAACCCGGAUCUUCAGGGGUCAGCAAAGUAAUAUCAGAUUCCAAAAUAUCAAAAACUUCAAUGAACACCCACUUAUUAUUCAUGUUUGGAUCAAAUAUCAUUUCCCAUCCAUCACCUUGUCUCAGUGCCUUGUUUUGUGAACAUAAUAUCAAAGACCAUAUACCGGUAUAUGGUCUCUGAUUAUAUAUUUCUUGACAUAGGAACUUCUAGUGUUUCAGACAUGGAUGCAUUAAGUAGACGGAAAUGUCGGAGUAACUCUCCAUUCCUUAAAAUAAUAGAGCAGUGUCCCCGCAGGGCCAGAGGUCCAUUAUAUUUAAGAGUUGAGAGUUACGAGGAUAUUCCCCUACCUAAAACAUAUCCCUACUUUUUCACUUUGACAAAAUAUUCUCUUGUUGAAAAUAUUUAAAAAAUAUACCAGAACUCUUUGUAGACUGUAUUUAUGCUGUGUGAGUCGUUCUUGCGUGAGGCACAAGGAAUUUAUUCUCUGCCGCUGUUGCACGUGCGCCACGCUCCAUCGCGAGCUGACAUUUACAAUGCAUGGUACACGGCUUGACAUAAUUUUGUGGGGCCCUAAACUAGUAUUUAUUAAUCGCUUGCACAUUGUAAAUACAUGCUGAUGGGAGUGAUUGGAAAUUUUAGACCCCCCCGAACAAGGAUAUAUAUUUUUCCUGAUUUGUUUUUUCUCGUCAAAGGUUUAUCUAUUUGCUAUAAAUAUGAACAUUGUUUAGGUAACAUGCUCUAACACAAUAUUAUAUACAUAUUAUUUUGAGCUUUAAAGCAUUAUGCAAACUUAUGAAAAUAUUUAAUAGUUAAUUUCACACUGUACGCUCAUGUGUUGCUGUAGUUGAGGUUGACAAUUACACAUUCUCAAAUCAAACGAUGUGUGUUCAAACCCCGCUGGCGACACAUGUUUUCGGAAAAUAAUUGAAAUUAUUCACUUGUCAAUAAAUGUAAAAAAAAUAUCCGUCUAUUCCAAGUGGAAGUUAACUGAAAUGUUUUGUUGUUGUUUUUUUCCAAUCAUUUUAUUCCAGUUUCAGUGGUUACAUACACAGUGAUAUAUACAUAUAUAGCAUUAUUAACAAUUUGACACCGCAUAUUUGGAGGAUAGGCCUUGAUCUUGUAGGAUCGAGCAAGAUGUUCUGGCAUGAAAGUAGUUAACACCAUAUUUAUGAGCAAUCGUAGAAAGAUAAGCUAAUAAUAAAAGAAUAAACAGUACCGAAUGAAAACUGAAAUGUUAGUUCAAGAUAAUGUAUGAUUGAUAAACAACUCUCCAUUCCUGAAAAAUAAUGGAGCGUUCAAACAAUAGAAUGAUGUCACGGAUGUGGGUUGCAUUAAAUUUAUGACUAAAAUCUGACAUUAUUACAUGCAUUUGACCUUGCGUAAUUGCAAUACACAAUAAUCAGUCAGUAUUAAUAGUAUCAAUACUUGGCCAGUAACGUGUGUCCAGUGUGCUAUGUAGCAAUUGUCAUCUCUCAAAAAAUGUUUUCAUAUAACAGGGAAGUUUGUUAAAAGGGGUAGAUAACUCUACCAGGCAAAGAAAUGAUCAUUAUUCCAGUCCAGUUUGUUUUGUGUUUUUUGAAUAAGCCGAAUCUGAAGAGUAAGAAUUUAUUUAAAGAAUAUUGUUUGGGGUUGAAAACAAUCUCAUUAAAAUCAGAUCUAAGUUCUCGCUGCUGCUAAGCUUUGUUUAGUGAUAGCGAGAACUAAUAUCUGAUUUUAAUGAGAUUGGGUUGAAAAUAGUCUUGUUUAACAUUAAAUAUACAUUAAUUUGGGAUUUGUAUUUAUAUUUAAAUUUUUAGUUCAAGAGUAGAUCAAAAUAUUUUAGAAAAGAAACCUUAAUUAAUUCCUGACAAUAUUGUAUAUUUUAAAUUUUGUUUCUUUAUAUAUUGACUUUAAAAAAACCUUUUAAGACAAGAAAUUGAAUUUGUAUGUCUUUCACCUCACUAACAGGUGGAAAACCUCCCUGAGCUGUAGAACUCGACCCGGAGGGACACUUGUCUUUGCCUGACCAUGUAUGUUAAGUGUGUAUAUAUAUGUGUAUAUAUAAUAUCUGCAUUUACUCAACCCUUUCUGGUGUGUGCUUGGGCAUUGGGGGAAUUCCUGUGGUGCAAAAUGUAAAAAAAAUAUUUUUUUAAAUUUAUCUAAAAUAAAACUUGUGAGACAUUGUUUGCCUAGUCACAGGUUGUGGAUCCCCGCCUCAGUGUUUGUACUUUAAUAUUACUGCAACUCCUAUAUAUAACCUUUAUAGAAUUUAUAAUGGAUGAAUAAAUAUAUAAAGUUUGCGAUUUAUUAUUUUUAUAAGUUGUAUUGAAAAUAUGUUUAUUUUGCUACAAGUUAUCAAGGUGUUUCUAACAAUAUUAAACUGAUAUCAAACUGAGUACAUAGGGAUAAUUUUGUUUUAUUUUCACCCUUGAAAAUCUGUACAGCAAAUAAAACAUUGUUCAGUUGUACAGAUUGUCUUGACGGUGCUUUGUUCAGUUGUUCAGAUUGUCUAUAAGGUGCUUUGUUCAGUUGUACAGAUUGUCUUGAUGGUGCUUUGUUCUGCAUAUAUUUUAUUGCUAAAUGUUUGUCAUUGUAUGUAUCAAGUUGUUAUUUAUCAUAUAAAGUUUGAUUGUGACGGGGCUGUACGUUUAGAAUUGUUUUUUUUUAAUAUUUGCUUGGACAUAGCCGAAAUAUUUGAGCUAGAUUUAUCAACACUAUGAAACUUUUUUUAAUUUCUUUUUGGUUUCCUAUUAAAAUUAUAUUUAUCUCAGUCAUUUCCACAUUUUCUGUGUUUUGGCCGAUGAUGAAUAGUGAUGUUUGGUUCCAGAGCAGAUAAAAUAACAUCACUGUAGUCUAAAACAUUCCUAAAGAAAGCAAUUUGACAAAAUUAAAAUAAUAUUUUUUUUUGCAUGAUAUGGAUAACUUGUGUUCAGCUAUGAGAGAGGGUCACAUGACUAGACUAGACCCUGCCUGGGACUGGUCCAUUCAGGAUUGAUUUAUAGCAUAUUCAACUUGUAAUCCCCACAUGGUCUUUGGUAUGUUGAACAUUUACGAUCUCUGGAAUGUGAACCAUAUAUUGUCUUUGGUAUGUCAUCCAUUUAUGGCCUCUGGUAUAUUAACCACAUGAAUGGUGUGCCCUGAUCGUGUUUCUAGGUUUGUCAGCUCCAUACCCAUGUGGGUUUCCAAAGUGGUACUUAAACGUCUAGGACCUGCAUCAUUGUAAGAUGACAUGCCCUGGUAUAACUGAAAUACUGUUCAAAGUAGCGGAUCUCAUAAAUAUCUAUGUAUAAAACUUUGUUUCUUUUGGGGUAUUUAGUCAAGAUUCCACAAUGUUGUUUCAUUACACUGUUUUAAAGUUAAAGCUUUACACAUGUGUAUUGUAGCCUGUACUUAGCUUUCAAAAGAAAUCCUAUUCUUUGUUGUAAACAUUUGACAGGAAAUAAAAUAGGUCUUUGUGUA